AUGAAAAGGGGUCUAGCUGACGCUUCAGCUCGCAGCACAGCAGGUUGUCUGCCUGUACCUCUGUUCAAUCAGAAAAAAAGAAAUAGACAGCCUCUGACUUCAAAUCCACUUGAAAAUGAGCCAGGUUCUGGGACUCCUACUUAUGACUUUUCUCCCACAUCAUUUGACUGGGGAGCUGCAAACCCAAAAGUGGCUGAACUACAGAAAGCAACAAACAAUGGCCAAACAGAACAUCCGGUGCCUCCUUCCCUUAUGAAACCACCAAAUGCAUCAAAGCUUAAUCUAGCAAGUGCUGGAAAAAACAUGUAUGCCUGCAGGGCAGAGGAGAAGGCUCCCAGUACGAAGGUUUGGAACAGAAAUAAGUACACUCCUUUAACUAACACAACAAAUUCAAGAUCUGAUAAUGGGACUGCUCAAAAGUUUGAAAACCUUUCCAAUAGUUUGAAAACUGCUCAGCAGCAAAAACUCCCUGGUAACCGUAAUUCAUCUCAGCACAUCAAAACAACCAGCCAACCGUCUACAUCUCAAGGACAGUGGCCAGUGAAAUCUAACACUGCUUCAAGAAGUCUGCAGGAUCCUAAUCUGGCAUAUAAAUUUAACAACAAUAUUCAGCAAAAUAAAAUGAAUGGAAACCAACUUGAUUGUGUUCCAGAAGACAAAAGUCAGGAAUUUGCAUCAUCUCAAUCAAAAUUUAAAGAAAAAAAGAACUCUUUGCGGAUCAUAUCUGCAGUCAUUGAAAGUAUGAGGCACUGGAGUCAGUACACUUACAAAACUGCAUUGCUAUUUGAAGUUUUAGGCACGCUUGAUUCUGCAGUCACACCUGGAGCGUAUGGGGCAAAGAACUUUCUUUUGAGAGAUGGGAAGGAGAGUCUGCCUUGUGUCUUUUAUGAAAUUGACCGGGAGCUUCCAAGGCUAAUUAGAGGUCGAGUGCACAGGUGCAUGGGAAACUAUGAUGCAAAAAGGAACAUUUUCAAGUGUGUCUCUGUAAGACCAGCAACUAUUCAAGAACAAAACACUUUCCAAGAUUUUGUUAAAAUUGCAGAUGUGGAGAUGACAGCAUAUGUGAAAACAAUGAAUGAAAUGUAA